UCUCAAUGUUGUGGUAUGAUGUAAACGUGAAGGUCACUCGAUUCUCUUAUCAAUAAAAAUGAUUAUUUUUCACAAGUUUGCUUAUUUGUUAUUAAUUUUUCAACCGAUAGUUUGUGCAAAUAUUAAAUUUCCUGACGAUUUUUUGUUCGGAGUCGCGAGCUCGGCUUAUCAAAUCGAAGGUGGCUAUGAUAGUAGAGGAAAAACCACUUUUGACCACCAUUGGGAGCUAAAUUCGUCCAUGGUGGCCGACUCCUCCAACGCCAAAACCGCCUGCGACUCCUACAACCAAUACCAAAAAGAUAUCGACCUUUUGGUAGACUUAGGGGUCAAUUUUUACCGAUUUUCCAUUUCCUGGCCUCGAAUUUUACCCAGAGGGUUUCCCAACGAGGUCAACCCAGAUGGGAUCCGUUACUACAACAACCUAAUCGAUGGUCUUUUGGCCAAAAACAUUCAACCCAUGGUGACAAUGUUCCAUUUUGAUUUACCCAAACCUCUUCAAGAUCUAGGCGGGUGGACAAAUCCCGUCAUUAGUGACCUUUUUGAGGACUAUGCCAGGAUUUUGUUCAAAAAUUUUGGCAAUAGAGUUAAAUAUUGGAUAACAAUAAAUUCGAAUACUUGGGGGUAUGGCGAUAGUGAUUGGCCACCAAUGGUGAACCAAUCGGGAUUUGGGGAUUAUUUGUGUGUGAAAAACACGGUUUUGGGACACGCGAAAGUGUACCAUUUGUCUAAGAGAGAGUUUAGGGAGCAAAAGAGCCAAAUUGGGUUCGUGGUUGAUGGGCGAUGGUACGAACCAGCGAGCGAGUCGUCCCAAAACAGGGAUGCGGCGGAACGUGCAAGGGAAUUCAAUGUUGGGAUUUGGCUUAAUCCCAUCUAUGGUAGUGGCGAUUUCCCCGCCAUUGUCAAACAAAGAGUGAAAACAACGAGUGAAAAAGAAGGUUUUUCUAAAUCGCGGUUACCCGAAUUUACCCCCGACGAAAUCAAUUUUGUUAAAAAUAGUUUCGAUUUUUUGGGGGUUAAUAUCUAUACGUCAUUUCUAGUCAAAGAUGUGGAUGAACGAAAUGAUAAAGAUUUUUCGUGGGAUAAAGAUAUGAAGGCUGAAAUUUAUCAAGAUUCAAGGUGGGAAGGGGCAAAAUCUAAUUGGUUGAAAGUCACUCCCUGGGGUUUGAGAAAAGUUCUGGGUUGGAUUAAACAAAAGUAUAAUAAUCCGCCAAUGUUUAUAACGGAGAAUGGGUUUUCGGAUGGUGGUGAGAUUGAGGAUUUAGGGAGGGUCAAGUUUAUGGAGCUGUAUCUUAAGGCUUUGCUCGAAGCCAUUGACAAAGACAGAGUUAAAGUGAAAGGUUAUGCUGCUUGGAGUUUAUUAGAUAAUUUCGAAUGGCUUGUAGGAUAUACUGAAAAAUUCGGUUUGUAUCAUGUGGAUUUCGCCGACCCUCAUCGCAAACGGACUCCGAAAAGUUCAUCAAAGUGGUACAAGAAACUGAUCGAGCGAAGACAAUUGGACGAAAUGUACAAAACAGAACUGUAAUAAAUUCUUGUUGUUUUUUUUUUUAAUAAAAUAAACUUCCGCGUUGUCGUA